GGGCAGGGGACGACGAGACUCGUGCGGCGGCAAAACCAGAAGAGAGCUUCUAGACGAUUUCCAUUUCUGUUUCUCACGAAAACCCUAUAUCUCGCCAGAAACGUGGUCGCGGCAACCACGAUACUUGCAGUAGAAGCUUAGGUGCACCAUCUACAUUCACGUUGCUGGUAGUAGCAAGUUUGAGUUUAUUUGCGCGGUCGUUGGGGUCACUUCUAAAUCAGAAGUUGAAAGUGAAAGCAGACACUUCGUGAUGUGACCGCUGCUAGCUUUUAUCUUUUAGGCUUAGACCACAUACUGUAUCUUCACGUGAUGGAGAAGUACCGGCGCAUCCGGGUUCUCGGGAAGGGGAGCUUCGGGAAAGCGUUUCUGGUCGAAAACACCGCGGCGCGAAAGGCCCGCGUAACAAUCAAAAAAGUGUUAAUGUUAACAGUUUUCAUGGAUUGCAAAUAUGCAUGAGAAAUUUUGCCCAGCGUGCAUGUUAUGCAUGACAAAUUCGGACCACACGUUUUGUGAUGCUGUACUGCAUCACAAAUUCCGUUACUUAACGUUAAAAACACUUUUUCCUGUGAUACCGCGGUGACGGAGAUGUUCCGGUCGAGGAGCUCCGGGAGGAGGACAUCGAGCUCUGUGUGGUGAAGCAGAUGGAUAUCCACAGUAAAUUUCCCGUAGACGACGUACAAAUGUGGCUUUCGCACGACAAACUCUUCGUCCAAACCUCUGCAGCAUGAGCGUGACAAGUUGCGUAUUCUAUACAUGAUAGGAAGUGGGCGGUCUUGGUGAAAUUUGUGAUGCUUUUUGUAAAUCGAUGGGAAAUUUGUAUUGCAUAAUGGAGACCCUGCAGAUGACGCCUAAGCAGCGGGACGAGGCGGUGAAGGAGGCUGCGGUGUUGAAGCGCAUGACAGGUCAUCCAAACAUCGUGGCGUUCCGCGAGGUUUUUCUCACACGGAAGGGCCGCCUGUGCAUCGUUAUGGACUAUUGCGACGGGGGGGACGUGCACCAGAAAAUCAAGCAGCAGAACGGCGUGCUGCUACCGGAACAGCAAAUCACCGACUGGUUUUGUCAGGUAGAGGAGUGAUAUAGUAGAUAAUCGAUUUUCAUUGCCUUGCGACAUUUUUUUUCCAAGUACACGCUGUUGAAUCACAAUCUAUCAGUACAACGAGAGCCACAACCUCACCCUCAACCAUCUGUAGUUCUAGUUGCAUGCUGGGCGGUUCUAGAACUACAACCGUUCUUGUAGGGUCGUAAGUACAUUGAUUUUGAUUCUCCUACACGCGGUAGUUCAUAAGGAAACUACACCGAAAGAUCGAGCUUAGUUUAUGAUUUUCUUCAUGGUUGUAAAAUUCUCCAGGUAUGCUUUGCGUUGCGGCAUGUGCACUCGCGCAAGGUGCUGCACCGAGACCUGAAGACGCAGAACAUUUUUCUCCACGCCAACCAACACGUGAAGCUGGGGGACUUCGGGAUCUCCCGGGUCCUGGACGCCACCAAGGACUACGCCAAAACGAUGGUGGGUACGCCGUACUACCUGUCUCCUGAGAUAAUCGAGGACCAGCCCUACAACUUUCAGUCGGACGUCUGGUCCCUCGGUGUGGUUUUGUACGAGAUGACCACAUUGAAGCACCCCUUUGACGCCGAGUCGCUGCAUUUCUUGGCCGUGAAAAUCCUGAAUGGAAAAUAUCCACCGCCGGACGCCCGCUACUGCCCGGAAUUAGGCCGGUUGAUUCAGGCCAUGCUGUCGAAGGAACCCGCGAACCGGCCCUCGUUGCUGGAAACGAUUCGCAGUCCCGCGCUGAAGACGUCGAUCCACGCGGUAAUAAAAAUGAAUUUUCAUUCUGCAAUUUGUAUUUUGUGUUGCAGUAGAGGACGUACGGAUAGUGCAGCUGCGGGAUGCUGUUUGCAUAUGAUUCAUGUGUUUGCUUAUGCUUUUGCGAUAUCAUGAGAAUGAAGAUGAAAAAUGAAGAUGACAAGAAACCUUUUUCAUCCUGAUGAAGGAAGUUCCACAAAAACAAAAGGUGAACGAGCGGUAUCGGUUGGGGUGGGACCUCAGCCUGCUUACAGCCCCCGCGGUCACGGCUCCGUCACGUGGCACCAGUUCUUGUGCUACAAUCCUCGAAGAGGAUUCGCCUGGAGGUGGAACAUGCGCUGAUGUGACCGGCCUCGACGAUGAUGUAGUCGGGGACGACGACACGGUAAAACAACUACCGCGAGAACAACAACCUCAACGUCGUUCUUCAGCCGGAACAACUACUUCCGCACGACGCGGAGAGGACACCUGUGGUGGUGUUGACAGAUCCUCAUCAUCGUCCUUGCGACCACCUCCAGCAGACGCAGCUACAGAAGCUCGACACGGUUCCAGAGCUGCCCCGGUUUUCGAUGAAGAUCGCAGCCGCGCGACCGCGACGGCGACACGAACAAAAAAAACUACACUUGGAAUACUAGAUGUCCGGGCGGAGGACGACGUAGAAGGAUCAUGUGCAGCUGAUGACCAAACCAGCGGCGUGGGUUGUCGUGGGAGCAGCGGCGCAGAAGUUGUUCAGCAACCCGGGUUUGAGUUGGCCGACCGCGUGAGAACCGGCACGCAGCGCCUUCUCUCAAACAUUCGAAGCGGAGCGGUGCAGGAGGAUGGAGAUCCCGGGCUGGACCUCCAGCAUGACCAACGACGACGAAAAAACGCAGAUGGACCUGCGUCAAAAGAAUCAGCAACCACAACUGCUCAGCAGCCCGCGACCGCGUCCACCUCGCGUAUUCAAAAAUCUGGCGUGGUCUCAACAAAAUCUACGACCACCGGUGGUGCUGGAGUUGUGCCGCUUUUACCUCCCCGUCCGCCAAGACCAGGAGAUUCAGGCUGCACAGCUGCUGCUGCCAAUGAGUCUGUGUCUUCUGCUUCUUUUUUUCCGCCGCGGGGCGAGAGCAUCAAAAUUGGAGUCGAGGACGCGAGCGUGGCCGGAUGCUCCGCAAAGGGAUCAUGCGAAGACCGUCGCAAGCGACCUUCAUCUUCCAGUACGGGUCGUUCUUGCGCUUCAUCACCAUGUUUAUCACCCUCCUGCUCGUCGUCCAGCAGGAGCAAGACGGUCAAACCAGGAGAGCCAAAUAAACCAGCAGCGACAUCACAACCUCAAAAAUCGCCGUCCGUAUCAUCUUCAACAUCACCUUUGGUUCUGGAAGUAAUUCCGACGAAGAGCUCGCCGCGCAUGUUUGCACCGCACGAGGACUACCGAGGAAAUAAUGGUGUGCAAGAAGUGAACGACGGAAAUGGACUCGUGCCCGAAGACAUGAUCCACACCAACGCACCAACCACGGUUUCGAAAACUCUGCUCCACCGAGCACAGCAAGCCAAAGAACUCAAGCUCGUGCAGAAUUCUUCACCAGGUAGUAGUACAACGGGUCCUCGUGGUCCUCCCGAAGAUGUCGUCGUUGGUGGAUCCUCGCAACGCGUCGUCUGGAAUGACCCGUCGAAAAAUGUAGAAGUCGUGGGGCAUCCUGCUCAACACCUCCACGGUACUAGUUCCGCUGGCGAAGAUCUUCGUAUUCGGUCGACAAAGGGUGAACAACACGCAGAUCUUGUACAAAACCAGAUUGUUCCCGCAAGACACGAUAGAAGUCCUACAACCAGCGAAGUUCUUCGAGAACAAGUUCAAGAUGUUGAUGAAGAACAGAGAAGUAGCGAAGAGGAGGAGGACGAGUCUUACGAAGCUGAUUUCGAGGAGUACGAGCCAGAUUUUGAAGAGGAAUCCGAUGAGGACAGCGAGGACGACAACGUGGUGGUUCGAUUGAGUAGCACCUGCACGCCGAAAGCUACGGGUGCAGCACCGACGAGAUCGGAGAGCAGGCAGGUGGACGAGCGCCUUGACGUGGAUAAUUCCGCGGCAUCAUGCAACCGGCCAUCCUCUGGCCCGGGAGAUGGUGGUACACAUUUCUUGACGGGUAGUAGUAGUACACAGCAUCCAUCCGGCGCCUCUGCGAAGAACGCUGAUGAUAUAGUGGAUAUCGCACGACAUCACGACGCUGGAAUAAAUGCUCCUCGUGCUCGACAAUCACGUUCAUCAGGAGUUGAUGAAGAAGCUCCACCAGAGUUGCCGCAGACAGAUACCGCUCGCAGUGGAGGAGUUUCGUCAUCGUCCCGUGACGAUCAGAAAACCUCCACCCCUGCCGGCGAGAUCAUGUUGACGCAAAGUAGUAGUUCCUCGAGCUCCACUUCUACUUACGGGGGAAAAGCGGCGAGUUUACGAGAGUAUUUGAUCUCACAAGUCGAGGAGGAGGCGUUUCGAGAGGCCUACGCGAUGGUCCGAGAGUCCGGCAGCACGGAGGAGCUCGGGGCGAGUCUGCAGAAACGCAUGCUGCCGAUUCUUGGCAAGAAGCGGCUCGGGCAACUGUUUCCGCUGUUUCAGUUGCUCUGCUUGCUCGAAGACAUCGGCGCGUCUUGACGGUAGUCGGGGUGGAAGAGCGUUGGUUAGAGCAAAGCCUAGUGACAACAACUACCGUGUUGAGUGUCUCCAUAGAUGUUGAAACGGUUUUCUUUUCUUCUAUCAAUUUCUUUUUCUUCUCAAACUUAACGAACAACGGUACACGAUCAGUAGCACCGGCACCGGCUAGAAGAAAAUUUUUGCACAGGGCAGCAGCACAGUCUAGACUGCGUCCCUUCUGCAAUUCACGG